AUGAUCGGCCGCCAUCUUGUCGCCGCCGUCUUAUCUCCGGCGACUCGGCGGCACUCCAAACUUCCCUCUCAAAAUUCCAGCAACCCCUUCACUUCUCACAUCCCCAUAAUGCCCCUAACCACCUACUCCUCGCCGGGCACUACUUUCCAAGAUCACUGGAAAAAAAUUACCGAAAUGAGUUCACCAUGUAUUGUGAGAUGGGCCCACAAGAGCACCAAAAAGGAAAAAGACAAGAAGAAGAAGAAAAAAACGGAGGAAGAUGAGAAGAAGCUGAAGGAGAAGAGCCAAAUGAAGUGGAACGAGAAGAAGGCGGGAAAGAUGAAGAGGAGAGAAGAACUCGACCGGAAAAAGAGAGAAGGAGUCGAGAGGAAGAAGCGCGAAGAGUUUGAGGUGAGCGACGAGAUGUUGAAGCUCGAGCUUAAGGAAAUGCAUAGGAUGGAGCGAAAGAGGGCCGAAGAGUUGUGGAGGCUCGAUAAGGAAGUGGAGAAGCUCGAGAGAAUCGAGAGGGAGAUCAAGGAGCUUGAGGAGAUUGAGAGAGGGGAAAAGGUGGUGCCGGUGGCGGAGAUGGAGGAGGUGCGGAGGAGGAAGAGAUUGAGGAGAGAGAUGAGAAAGAGUAUGAUAAAGAACUUGGUCUCGGCUUAUGAAGCCGUGUUCAACGUUAGGCGGUAG